AUGGAAGACCGGGCAGCGAACCGGCCCGGAUUUGAGGCGCCAUUCGAGCCAAAGCAACCCUUCCCGCCGUUGCUCGACGAAUUGGCGUCACCGGAGGAAGUACAGGAGAGCUACGCGGAGGAUGAGAGCGUUACCUCUCCGGGUUAUGACGAGAUCGAGGUCGAAGACGAUGCCGACUUCCAGUCGCACUAUUCCCUAGAGCCACGAUCCUUGUCGGACUCGGAAUCGGAAGACUCGGCGGAUGAUAUUGGAAGAAAUCACCCGUUUCGACAGUCAUCAGGCUCCCUCCAUGGACCUAAUGCCUUUGCGCCUCCCUUUUACAAUCGCCCGCCGACCCCUCUACCACCGUCGCCUUCAUUAACAUCCCUUCUACGACCACCGUUCUCCACGACCACCUCUCGUCCCACUACCCCAGACAGCUCCGAUGUGGAAACCCCAAACGACACCGAGGCCGCUGUGGCCAAGUCCGCCCGACGUGCGACCACCGUCCCUCGCGCCAGCCCUAAGGUUCCAACCUAUGAGUACUACGGUUUUGUGCUCUACUUGGCUUCUUCUCUCGCAUUUUUGAUUUACCUGCUAUGGUCAUACCUCCCCUCCCCGUUCCUUCACCAACUUGGUAUCUACUACUACCCCAACCGCUGGUGGUCCCUAGCUAUUCCAUCGUGGCUGGUCAUGUCCAUUGUCUACAUCUAUGUUGCUCUGGCUUCAUAUAACACUGGGUACCUGACCUUGCCCAUGAACAGCAUCGAAAAUAUUGUCGAUGAGGUUGCAAAUGUAGCUGUCAUCGAUGGAAAGGCAAGGCGACGGCCUGGAGGGUCCACCAAAAUGAAGCCUGGAGCGACUUCAUACCAGAUGAUGGGUCCGCAGAAUCGAAAGGUCAACUGGCGUGAGAUCUGGAGCGAGGGAACCGAUGCGGUGAUGGAUAUACCAGUUGGGGGUGUAUGUGAGGUGCUGUAUGGUCAAGAACGCGAUGAGGAUGCAGGGACUAGCGAGUUUCCAUAA